AUGCGGAAAGCUGGGGCAAUGGCAGUAUCGGAAUCCUCCAGAUCUUUUCCAUUUAUCACUGCCAAAGCUAUUGAUCCACCCAGCAAGUCUCCAGAACCUCCAUCGUCAAUCACGAAUGACCAAGAAAAAGGGAUUACUCUUGUAUCGCCAACUCUCUCGUGUAGAGCCCACUCUCCCUCCUUCAACCCCAUCUUAACAAUCAUCUCCUCUUUCACCAUCACUCUCUCAACCUGGGGUUUCUAUAACAGCACCGGCAUCAUCCUUUCACACCUAUCUGUACACCUCCUCCCCAAUACUCCACUUCCGAUUCUCUCCCUCAUUCCCGCUCUCAAUAUUUUCUUCACAUUGCUUCUGUUCUUCCCUCUUGGACCCAUUUACGAUACCUACGGCCCUCUUCCUCUCCUAAUUCCAGGCUCUCUCAUAUACAUUCUCUCCCUCCUCCUCCUCUCCAUCUGCUCUUCUCUGUUUCAUUUUCUCCUGGUAUAUGGAGUUCUAAGUGCCGUGGGUAUGGCGCUCCUCUGUACGGUAGCGAACGCGAUGUUAAACACCUUUGAAGGAACAGGCUACAGAGGACUAGCGACAGGCAUUGCGUUAGUGGGGAAUCCUACCGGUGGAAUCAUCUUUACGUUUGUAUUUCAAGCUGUGCUGGAAAGCUUAGAAUGGGGCGAUGCUAUGAGAAUCGUGGCUGGGAGUGUGGGUGUGCUGGUUGCAGUGGGAUUUUUGGCUUUCUUGCCUUGUGGGGGGCUGCGGAAGAGGGGAACUCGGAAUGGGUACGGACACCGGGGGCAGGAUGGAGAUUGUAAUGUCAGUACGGCUUCGACCAAUACGAGAAAUGACGCUCCGUGGUGGAAGUUCUGGCACGAGAAAAAGGUUGAGGGAAAUUGGAGUUUAUUACGCGACAGAAGAUUUCUCUGGUGUAUGGCUGGUAUCGCACUCUUCGAAUUCGUACUCGUAGGCGCCAUAGGUCUCCUCCCCACAUACGCAUUGCAACAGGGAUUUUCAACCUCUGUUUCUUUCAACGUUGUCGCGAUUGUAAACGCCGGCUCCAUCCUCGGACGUCUCCUCUCCGGCCCUCUCUCCGAUCACCUCGGCCCCUACAAUACCGUCCUCCUCUGUCUAAUCUUCAUUUCACUCCUCGCAAACUUCGCUUUCUUCCUACCUACUUCUCUCCUCUCCACCAGCUCCUCCUCCACAUCGCUCAUCCUCUUCUACCUCUACGCAUCUCUCUCUGGCCUCGGUUCCGGCGCCGUCAUGAGCGCAGCUCCCCUUUGUAUAGCUGCGCUGUGUCCUUCGCAUGUGUAUGCGAGAUGGUGGGGCGCUAGUCAGGUUGGAGUUGCUAUUGCGUAUGUUUUCCCCUUCCCCUUCCUUUCGCAACUUGCUAUCGCUUCGAUAUCCCUCCCAUCUAAGUUCACGAGAUCAGAGGCAGAUGUUAACACACUCAAUAUAGAUGUUUCCUCAGCGUUCCUCUCGCUUCCAUCAUACUCUCCCGAGUAG